AGAAGAUCCGGCUAUCGACUUCUCCUUCUAUGGCCGAACCUCAAAGUCCGCACCGCAGUUCGACACUUUGUUCCUCUCCUUCGUAGUGAUGCUGACAAAGCGAUCAUGUCGAAGUCAUGGGCAUCGACACUGAGGCUACCUAAAUCCACAUUCCCACCGCGCCCGCUCUCGCAGUUCCGUCCCGAGUACCUCCGCCGAUCCGCCGACGACUUCUACAAGUGGCAGUCAUCUAAUGACUCCAGACCUGAGUUCAUUCUGCACGAUGGCCCCCCAUACGCAAAUGGUGGCCUUCACGCCGGUCACGCCUUGAACAAGAUCCUCAAGGAUAUGAUCAACAGAGUCAAGGUCCAGCAAGGAUAUCGCAUACGCUACAGGCCGGGCUGGGAUUGCCAUGGCCUCCCUAUCGAAAUGAAGGCCGUUGGCACGUCAGGCGGCAAGGGCAUGACCCCGGUAGAGAUCCGCAAGGCUGCGAGACAGUUGGCCUCUACCACCGUCCUGGAGCAGAUGGAGGGCUUCCGCUCGUACGGCGUCAUGGCCGACUGGGAUGCGCGAUGGACGACAAUGGACCCCGACUUCGAGGUCAGGCAGUUGCGCUUGUUCAAGCAGAUGGUACGGCGAGGCCUCAUCUACCGCAAAAGCAAGCCCGUAUACUGGUCGCCCUCGUCGAGAACCGCGCUGGCAGAGGCCGAGCUGGAGUACAACGAGAACCAUGUUUCGACGGCAGCUUACGUUCAGUACCCAAUCAAUGGCGGCCCCUCCUUGGACGGCUUUACUGGCCAGCUCUACGCCAUUAUCUGGACGACAACCCCCUGGACCCUCCCGGCGAACAAAGCCAUCGCCAUUCACGAAGAAUUGGACUAUGCCAUAAUCGCCGUUAAUGGAAGCGCAUACCUCACUGCAGUCAGCCGUCUUGAGGCCGUCAAGGCUCUCUUCCCCGAACAGGAGCCUCAGGUCAUCGUGGCAUCUAUCAAGGGCUCCGAAUUGCGUGGCUUGCAGUAUAAGAACAGGCUGCAAGGGGCCAACUCUGCACUGCAACCAAUCAUCCAUGCAGACUUUGUAUCAGCAGAUUCUGGAACUGGACUUGUUCACAUUGCUCCUGGUCACGGUUUCGAGGACUACGAGGCUUGCGCGCAACUGGGCAUCGAUGCCUUCGCACCUAUUGAUGACGAAGGAAACUUCACCCGUGAAGCUUUCCCAGACGAUCCAGAAAAGCUGACUGAAGCCUCCUCGAUCCUCAAGGGCGGUAGCAAGGCCGUUCUCGCCCUGCUUGAAGACGAUGUUCUUCAGGCAGCAAAGUACAAGCACAAAUAUCCCUACGACUGGAGGACGAAACAGCCCGUGGUCAUGCGGUCGACGGCUCAAUGGUUCGCUGAUGUCGGUAACAUCAAGGAUGACGCUCUCAACGCCCUGAAGGAAGUCAAGUUUGUACCAUCAACCGGCCGCAACCGCCUUGAAAGCUUCGUUGUUGGUCGUAGUGAGUGGUGCAUUUCUCGCCAGCGUGCCUGGGGCGUUCCCAUCCCCGCUUUGUAUGAUGCCAAUGGAGACGCCGUAGUGACGGAGGAAUCAGUCGACCACAUCAUCUCGGUCAUCCAGAAGCGUGGUAUUGACGCCUGGUUCUCUGAUGCCGCCGAUGAACCCGCUUGGGUUGCGCCGUCUUUGGAAGGAAGCUACAGACGUGGUACCGACACAAUGGAUGUCUGGUUCGACAGCGGAAGCAGUUGGACAGAGAGCAAGGGUCAAGCCGACGUCUACCUCGAAGGAUCUGACCAGCACCGCGGCUGGUUUCAGUCAAGCUUGCUUUCGUACGUCGCCGCGCAAAGGGCCGAGAAUGAUGGAGCAUCCCAUACACAACCGAAGUCCCCCUUCAAGACCCUCAUCACCCACGGCUUCACGCUAGAUCACACUGGCAAGAAGAUGUCAAAGUCGAUCGGAAACACCAUUUUACCCGGCCAGAUCAUGGACGGCACCCUGCUGCCGCCGAUUAAGGUCAGAGGCAAGGCCAAGGUAGCCGGCGCCGCCCCAACCUACGAGGCCCUGGGCCCAGACGCCCUCCGUCUCUGGGCCGCCAGCUCAGAGUACACCAAAGACGUAGCCAUCGGCCAGGCGGUCCUCAAGUCUGUCCACACCGUGCUGGUCAAGUACCGCACAAUCAUCAAGAUGCUGACGGGUUCGAUGCACGAGUCGGCCCGAACCGCGCCCACGACGACGCUGGACCACAUCGCUCUCAUCCAGCUACGCGACGUCAUGGCGGAAGUCGAAAAGGCGUUCGCCGCACACGAGUUCUACAAGGCCUUCAGCGCCCUCAACCGCUGGGUGGCUAAUGACCUGUCCGCCUUCUACCUCGAGGCGAUGAAGGACCGCCUCUACUGCGGCGACGGCGGCGGCGUGCUGGAGCCCAUCUUCCUCGGCUUCCUCCGCAUGCUGUCGCCCAUGACGCCGCUCCUGGUCGAGGAGGCGUGGGAUCACCGGCCCGAGUACAUCAAGGCCGACAGCAGCAUCCUUCAUCCCUUGCACACCCCCUACGACGCGCCCGUCCACAGCAGAGCGCCCUCGGCCAUCGGGGAGGCUUCCCUCCGCAAGGACCUUCCCGUUCUGAUGUCCGUCCAGGGCGCCGUCAAGGCCGCCCUCGAAAAGGGCCGCGCGGCCAAGGUCCUCGGGUCGUCGCUGCAGUCUUCUGUGGUUGUCACGACCGAGGAUCAAGCAGUCGUUGGCGUGCUGGCCAAGUACGGAGAGGAGCUGGAGGCAAUGUUCGUCGUGUCCUCGGUAGAGACCAACAAGGAGAUCCCCAAUCAGCCCGAGUGGCGGUACGACGAGGUAUUCGAGGUCAAUGGCGCCAAGGGAACGGUCUCGGUGCUGCCGCCGAACGAGCACAAGUGCCCGCGUUGCUGGCGGUAUAUCGCGCCCAAGGAGGAGACGUUGUGCGGGCGCUGCGAUGAUGUCGUGGCGAGUUUGCAGGAAUAGAAAAGUAGAACGUGUAAAUGUAACAACAGAUAGCCCCUCAAUUACAAGAAACGAUGUUCCCUCAGCA